CGUUUACACCAGCAAAUUUAAUUGAUCUAACUCUGUGUUUAUGCCUGGGUAGAAAAAAAAUCUGUUUACCGUGAUGGUCAUAUUAAAGUGCUGUUUACUACAAAUGCUGUGAACGUUGGAUGGGUUUGUCCUGAUCCUCUACAUCUACCCUUGACUAUCCCAAAUUUGGAUCACUUGAGUGUCUCGGACAUGGCCGCCUGCUUGGUGACUUUAUUGUACUUGUGUGUCAGCUGGGAUAGUCAGGGAUACAGUUACUACAUAUCUCCUGGCACUGCGUGUUGGUAAGUAGUUAGGAGGGUAAUAAGAUUUGCUUCCACUGGGCACAUCAGUAUUAGUGUGUGCCAAGAUGUUAGCUUGUAAUGGUAUAUGAGCAAUUACUUUUUUAAUUACUUUUUCUUGCCAAUCUCUGAAUCACCUCUUCUCUACUGAGCACUUAAACACUGAAGAUGAAACUGGGAGAGAUUUGGCUCCUAAGCGACGAGCCGUAAAUCAAAGCUCCGCUGUGCACGUGCGCGUUUUGUCACUUAGGCGUAAGUCUAGUCAAGGGGAGCGAAUUCCUGCGGUUUUUCUGGAUCUGAAAAUCACAUCCACAACUCACCUGCAGAUUUCAGCUUUUCUCAUUGUCUGUGUCUUUUGUUAAGGUUUUAACCUGUAAACUUUGUGUUUUUUUGUAUGUUUUUUUUAAAGACAUGGAUAAAAAAACACCCAAUUUACCCAAAACGUAUGCAUGCAAUGUUUUUUGUUGCAUUACCGAAUAACAUUACGUAAUUCUGCAAAUAUAGCAGAAGACUUUCAGAGUUUACUUGUGUACUCAAAUGCCCAAAAUUAAACAUGCCCGCUGUAUGGGCAAAAUCCGUUCUUUAACUGAGUGGAUAUCAUGGCUAGAAAGUGCAAUCAGUUUGCCAAACUGCGACUAUAAGAGAGAUUUAAAUGAACACAUUCUGUGUGACAGGCUUCCCGACUCCCAAUAAUUUUUCAUUUAAUCAAAAUAUGAUAAAAACAACACAAAAACAAAUACGAACAGUCAUAAACCAAGAGAUAAGUACACACAAAAUAUAUUUUGAAGCACAAUGGACAAUAAUCAAAUUCAAUAUCACUGGAAUGACAGGUAUGUUCACUUUCUAGGGUGGCUUAAUGUCAAUCCAGCAUGACAUUUUUCAGGGUAAUACGAUUUACGAGAACAUCGGAUUGUUAUGCGGUCCAAGUGGAUUAACUUUCUGACAUAACACUCGCGUUUGUGUUUAGCUGCUUGUCCUGGAUAGAUAGAGAUCGGAAAAAUAUUAAUUGCCGUUUACUUGAAAAGGUAAAAUGGUUGUAUUUCAUAGAAACAGCACUUAAGGUAUCUUGGAAGGAUAGAGCACAAUUUCGAAUAUUUAACAACUGCAGUUACUAAUGUAAUUACAAUUCAAGUAUCAAUAUCUACAGAUAAAUCAAGAAAAAAAUGUUUGUUAUUGUUAGCCUAUAUGAUUUAUGAAGGCAGCAUUGCCUUGGAUUUAGACGUCACACUAAGUUCUGUUCCUGAUUUUAAAAUCUAUUAAAUGGAGAAUCGGCUAUUUGAUUAUAGUAGUAAUGGAGUCAAGCAUGUACAGUACAAUUUUUUCCAGGAGGGGAAUCAUAUUACAAAUAUUAAAAAUUAAACCACUCUAACUGAGUGCAGUCACGUGACGGAGCCGCUGCCCCCUUUUCCAAUAAUAACAAUAAUAAUAACAAUAAUAAUAAAAAUAUGAAUAAUAAGUUUUCCGUUUUAAUGUUAGUCUUGUUUCGCCAACGGCUCCACUGCAGGGUGCGGUCUGUUGCUCAUUGUCGAUUUUCACGCUGAGACUCUCAGUCAGAUAAAAAAAAUAAUUAAGAAAGAAUGUAAUAAGCACAUACCACCAGAAAUUUUUGAGGACUACUGCUGUUUUUUAAUAAAAGCGACGCCUCUUCUGCUCCCUUUUGGGUAUGUUUAUUGGACAAGACUGCGGCAGCAUUUAAAUGAUUAUAACCGGACGCUUUGUGAUUGAAUCAAACUGAAGAGCGCCCAUGGCAGUUCUUGCGCCUCAUCCAAAGGCUUGGGGGAAGACAUCGCCGCAGUGCCACAUUGCACUGUAAAACGAAGGGACAAAUAAGGUUUCACCAUUUCCCGUUGUCUGAUUAAUCAAAAUUCGGUUCUGAUUAUUAAAGGAAACACGGUAAAAUGUAGGAUAUCAGAUUCCAUCCACUACAUAAAUUUAUCUUUAAAAAGAAAAUCUUAUGUUUAAUUUGGGACGGGGUGCACCGCGCAGCUUCCUCCCCACCCCCCACCGGCGAACCGCGUAUUGGAAGGCCGCUAAAAUCCCGCUACCCCCGCAUAAUGAGGCGGGGCUGGCUGCCCAGGCGGCCACUAUAUUGCAGGACGGCGUCUCAUUACUCAUAAACCAAAGCAGUUGUGUUGCGCUUUAUUACGUAGCUACGCGGUUUGUCCGUGUGAAAACGCUUCUCUGGAAGACAAACCUGUAGGCAUGUGUGUUUAAUCAUGCAAGUCAAUGUAUUUAUCUGCGUCGGGCAAAGCGCCCCAGAAGGGAAACCUGGGCGAAAUUAUUUUCAAGGUGUUUUGUGUGUGUGUGUGUGUGUGUGUGUGUGUGUGUGAGUGUGUGUGUGUGUGUGUGUGAGUGUGUGUGUGUGUGUGUGUGUGAGUGUGCCAAUACGCAAAAGCUUUCGGCUCAGUUUCUAUUUUAUCUCCUUCCUUUUCGAUACAUGCAUUUCAAAUUCAUUUGAGGGGCAAGAAAGAUUAAUAUAACUAUAUAUGUGUGUUUUAAAAAAUCUUUUUACCCCCUCUCAUAUAAUACAAACAUGAUAUAUUUUUCCGUAUUUUAUUCAGGUUUUCAAUCUCUGGGCCGCGGUAGAAAUCGAUGUGUGUCGCUCAGUCUCGUUAUUUUAAUGUUAUAUACAUGUCUUACUCUUCCCCCCCUUUGCUUUUCCAGACCUCCGGAUAGCUAGCGAUCCGAGUCUAGACCUGAUGAGCGAUGAUCGCAGGCGUGUUUACUGACGCCAGCCACCCCCCCCCCGUCUCUCUUCCUUUUGCAGGGAUCCCUCACAGCGUUAAUGGGCCACAUUUGCGGUUCUCACUUUUUCGCCGCUUGCUGUUGGACUCCUUUGGCAGAUACAGCUAAUAAUCACACAUCCCACUGAGCAUUACCUCUCGCUACACCGCAAUUAGUCUUUGUCAUCUCUAUUAGACCAAGUCAAAUAUAAUCUAAUAAAUAUUCAUGAUUUUUAACAAGUUCAAAUGUGACAUGAUGGCCUAACCAGAGCAAUAUUUACACAUUAAGGAAAAAAACAUUCUCAUCCUGUGAAGGCCCAGAAAUCAUUUAAUCCUUCAUUACAGUGGCAUUUCUUCUUGUUGGUUUCCGUAACCUGCUCUUUGUCAUGUAACUGAUGGUUUUCAUGGAGUACCUGCUGGUGUAUGUUAUAUCAGCUCUUACUAUCUUUUGCUGCACAUACAAUUCUGUACUAACCUGGUCUGCUCUUCUGGGGCUGCAUUUCUCAUACACAAAGCAAUGUGAUGGAGCUGCCUUCUGUAUGAUCAUACUUCCUUUCAGUCCUGAGACCUUGGUGCAGUUUCGCAUAACAACAACGGCACGCCUAAACACGUUAAGUAUUUAGAGUAAGUUCUCAGGAACUGUAUGAAAAUAAAAUGAUUUAACUUGCAUGGUCCAGCAGUUUCACACAACAUGCAAGAUUUAACACUGAAAAGGACUCAGAAGGCAUUUUAAGAUUCUCUAAUGCAUUUUGCUCGAACAGAAAUAGGGAAGGAAGCAGACUUUUCUUAGUCAUUGGCUCUUAUACUAACGGGCUUAUCUGAGAUUGACGUUGAUAUGCAUCACUCUCAGAAAAAAGGUAAAAAUGUGCACCUUUGCUUGUCACUGGGGUUGUACCCUUGUGAUUGUACCUUUUACGGUACAGAAAUGGACUCUGAGGAACAUCCCAAAGGUACAAACAGCAUUAAUGUACCAUAAAUGGUACAGAAAUGUUCCUUUCUGUACCUGUUUUUCUGAGAGCAUGUCAUAGGUAAGUUUGGUGAUCAACAACUGCAUGAAACAGUUUACCAACAAGCCCUAGAGCUAUGGAUGGACAUUUUGUACAUAAACAUGCAUAUAGUUAAUGUAUAAUAUGUAUUUAUAUACAUGUGUGAAUUUGGUUCUAAGCAGUAGGCCUAUUUAUUGUCAAAUUAAAUUUCAACAUCUAAGGGAACCCAUGACAACUGCAAUUUUAUUUAAGCAGAUUUGAGUUACUGACUGUAGCCUGCACUGAUUCGUGCUGUCGCUUAUGUUUUAACUGUAUUUUACUCUAAUUUUUUUAUUUAGGUGAAAUAUUUUGUUAAUGUAAGCACCAAUACAACCAAGAGAAAUUCCUAGUACAUGUUGAUGUAUCUGGCCAGUAAAGUGAAAUCAGAUUCUAAUUGACGCAAGACCUUAUAGCAGAGAGCAAGAAUAUUUUCACAGUUCAUAGUUUCAUCUGAGCUAAAAACACAAGGUCAAAGAAAAGAAAAAAAAAUGAAUCCUUUUUUUUGUAUUUUUCGUGUAACUGUUAGUAGGUGUACUUUCCACUGCAGUGUACGUGUAGAACUAGGACACGUCGCUUUGACCGCUGGACACUCUUUGAAUACGUCUCACCGUGACACGGUGUUAUGUGCAGUUAUGGGAGUUUCUCCAGCCAUUGCUGUACUACCUGAGAUAUGAAUAGUUACAGCUCCCCUGCAUUAUAUCUCUGACAUUUCAUGACCACGGCUUGCCACUGUGGUUCCCGACAUAAUCUCUGAAGGCGUCGGUGCAGAGCGGACCGCCAAGCCCCGAUUCUGAUGUCUAAACUUAAGCCAUCAGAAUCGGAAACUUGUUCUCCUCGUAGAUCUAACACUGACCAACCCUUCUGGAGAGGUUUUAAAAAAAACACUCAAAAUACCAAACGCGUGGAUUUAUAUGCCUUUGGUGACAUUUUUCUCUGCGGUCCUCCUAAGCGAUAUCCGUUUGACCCUCUCUGCUCCUCCUAACCCGACGUUUAUUUCUUCACGUCAGGAUUGCCAACUGUACAUGACCGUUUAUUCUCUCUGUUUUUCUCUCUCUCCCUCUCUCCAGAACAGGUCUGCCUUAAAAUGUUUCUGUCUCGCGUUUUCUGUUGUGCUGUGCUGAUGCUUAUAGAGAUGAAUGUUAAUUCAUGUUAAUCUCUUUUCUCCCUGCAUCCGUCUCAUUCUCUCUCCCAAUGCCCAAAAUAGAAGUGGAGCAAAAAGUCUUUCUCUGCCCAGGAACCCUGAAAGCAGUGGGAGACGCUUCUUUUCUGUUUGAGACGGAACAGCAGGCUGGGGCUUGGUGCAGAGACCCUUUGCAGGCGGGCGACAAAGUCUACUUCAUGCCGUGGACCCCUUAUCGCACGGACACGCUGCUGGAGUAUGCCUCGCUGGAGGACUUCCAGAACGCACGCCAGACCACCACGUACAAGCUCCCUCACCGGGUGGAUGGCACGGGGUUCGUGGUGUAUGACGGUGCCGUUUUUUUCAACAAGGAGCGGACUCGCAACAUCGUCAAGUUCGACCUGAGAACUAGGAUCAAAAGCGGCGAGGCUAUCAUCAACAACGCCAACUACCAUGACACGUCGCCAUACAAAUGGGGCGGGAAGACGGACAUCGACCUGGCCGUGGAUGAGAACGGCCUGUGGGUUAUUUACGCUACGGAGCAGAACAACGGAAUGAUCGUGAUCAGCCAGCUGAACCCUUACACCCUCCGCUUUGAUGGCACCUGGGAGACGACCUAUGACAAGCGCUCAGCCUCCAACGCCUUCAUGGUCUGCGGCAUCCUUUUCGUUGUGAGGUCCACGUACGAAGACGGCGAGAGCGACUCCAGCAAGGGUCUGAUCGAUUACAUGUACAACACCAAGCAAAACCAGGGCGAGUUUGUGGAUAUCCCCUUCCCCAAUCGGUACCAGUACAUAGCAGCGGUGGAUUAUAACCCCAGGGACAACCAGCUGUAUGUGUGGAAUAACUUCUUCAUGCUGAGGUACAACCUGGAGUUUGGACCACCAGAUCCAGCUCAAGGUCCGACCAUCUUGGACACGUUUGCGACGCCCGAAUCCCUGAAAACGACCACCGCCCCAGUGCCCACCACCCACCUGAAGGCAGGGGGGAACUCGACCAGCGCGGCAAGCCCGGUGGAGGGCAACCGGGCUCCUAAGCUGCCCCCGGCCAUUCCAGAGACCACGGCUCCUCCCUCCCCGGACUCUUUCCCGCUUCCCGAGAGGUUCUGCGAAGGCACGGUGAAGAGGGGCAUCGCCUGGCCCAGGACUCAGAGGGGCAUCUUGCUGGAGAGGCCUUGCCCCAAGGGAACCAGAGGCACUGCUUCCUACGUCUGUGUACUGGCCACCGGGGUCUGGAACCCAAAAGGACCCGAUCUGAGCAACUGCACGUCCCAUUGGGUCAAUCAGGUGGCUCAGAAGAUCCGGAGCGGCGAGAAUGCGGCCAACCUCGCCAAUGAGCUGGCCAGGCACACCAAGGGCACCGUCUUCGCCGGCGACGUCAGCUCGUCCGUGAGACUGAUGGAGCAGCUCGUGGACAUCCUGGAUGCCCAACUGCAGGAGUUCCUGCCCAGCGAGAAGGACUCGGCCGGUCGGAGCUUCAACAAGCUACAAAAGCGAGAGCGGACUUGCAGGGCCUACAUGAAGGCUAUCGUGGAUACAGUGGACAACCUGCUGAGGCCAGAGGCCUUGAAGUCCUGGGCAGAUAUGAAUUCCACGGAGCAGACGCACGCCGCGACUAUGCUGCUGGACACGCUGGAGGAGGGGGCCUUUGUCUUAGCCGACAAUCUCAUGGAACCAGCCGUCGUGAAAGUCCCUGCAGAGAAUAUAGGUCUGGAGGUUUACGUCCUCAGCACAGACAGCCAGGUUCAGGACUUCAGGUUCCCACAGACCAGUAACAGCAUUACUAUCCAGUUGUCUGCCAACACUGUCAAGCUCAACAGUAAAAACGGCGUCGCCAAGCUUGUGUUCGUCCUCUACAAGCGCCUAGGCCGAUUUCUGAGCACGGAAAACGCCACCAUCAAACUCGGCCCUGAGGCUGGUGGGCGGAGCCACCCCAUCGCUGUGAACUCGCACAUUAUCUCGGCUUCCGUCAACAAGGAGUCCAGUCGGGUGUUUGUUACAGAUCCUGUGAUCUUUACGCUGGAGCACAUUGACACGGAAAAUUACUUCAACUCCAACUGUUCCUUCUGGAACUAUUCGGAGAGGAGCAUGAUGGGAUACUGGUCCACCCAAGGGUGUAAGCUCCUGGCCACCAAUAAGACUCACACUACAUGUUCCUGCAACCACCUCAGCAACUUCGCCAUCCUCAUGGCCCACCGUGAAAUCGCGGACCGGGACGGGAUGCACGAGCUCCUCCUGACCAUCAUGACGCGUGUGGGCAUCGCCGUUUCCCUGCUGUGCCUGGCCAUCAGCACAAUCACCUUCUGCUUCUUCCGCGGUCUGCAGAGUGACCGCAACACCAUCCAUAAGAACCUCUGCAUCAACCUCUUCCUUGCCGAGCUCGUCUUCUUAAUCGGCAUCGACAUGACCGAGCUGAAGGUCGGCUGCUCCAUCAUCGCCGGGAUCCUGCACUUCUUCUUCCUGGCCUCCUUCGCUUGGAUGUGUCUGGAGGGCGUCCAGCUCUACCUGAUGCUGGUCGACGUCUUCGAGAGCGAGUACUCGCGCAAGAAGUACUACUACAUCUCGGGGUACCUGGUGCCCGCCAUCGUGGUCGGCAUCUCGGCGGCCGUGGACUACAGAAGCUAUGGCACCAAAAAUGCUUGCUGGUUGAGAGCUGACAAUCACUUCAUCUGGAGCUUUAUUGGACCUGUAACCUUCAUAAUCAUGUUAAACCUCAUCUUCCUGAUUAUAACCAUGUACAAAAUGGUGAAGCACGCGUCUUCACUGAAACCCGACUCCAGCCGGUUGGAGAACAUCAAAUCCUGGGUCCUGGGAGCCUUCGCUUUGCUUUGCCUGCUGGGAUUGACAUGGUCCUUUGGUCUCUUCUUUAUGAAUGAGUCUUCCAUCGUCAUGGCGUAUCUCUUCACGAUAUUCAACACUUUACAAGGAAUGUUCAUCUUCAUCUUCCACUGUCUUCUCCAGAAGAAGGUGCGUAAGGAGUACAGCAAGUGUCUGCGUCAGUCGUACUGCUGUGGGGGCCUGCCGGCCGAGAGCUCGCACAGCUCGGCGAAGACGUCCACCACGAGGGCCAGCACGCGCUACUCCUCCGCGACGCAGAGCCGUAUCAGGAGGAUGUGGAAUGACACCGUCAGGAAGCAAUCAGAAUCCUCGUUCAUGUCAGGUGACAUCAACAGCAGCUCAACUCUUAACCAAGGGAUGACCAGCAAUUACCUACUAACUAAUCCCCUUCUGCGGCCCCACGGCACUAACAACCCGUAUAACACCCUGCUCGCUGAAACGGCUGUGUGUAACACCCCCCCGGCUGCCGGCUUUGCCUCCUCAGGACAUUCGAUGAACAACACCAGGGACACGAGCACAAUGGACACGCUGCCCCUGAAUGGCAAUUUCAACAACAGCUACUCGCUUCGCAACGGUGACUACGGUAACGGCGUGCAGGCUGUGGAGUGCGGCCUGGGCCUGGACGACGCCGCCUUUGAGAAGAUGAUCAUCUCCAAGUUGGUGCACAACAACCUCAGGUCUUGUGGCAAGAGUCAGAAUGUAGAGAGUGCCCCGCCCAAAUUGGCCCUAGGGGGUGCCGGCGGGGACGACGGCACCGGCGGCAUCCUCGACGACUGCUCGUCCCUCGUCCAUGGGGACAAGAUCGGCCUGGAGCUGCUACACAAGGAGCUGGAGGCUCCACUCCUCCCCCAGCGGACUCACUCGCUCCUAUGCCACCCGCAGAAAACAGUAAAGACGGAGGGUGCCGAAACCUAUGCCUCACAGCUCCCGGCCAAGGCCGAGGACGUCCCCCAGUCCCCGAACAGAGACUCCCUGUACGCCAGCCUCCCCAAUCUCAGAGACUCACCCUACCCUGAGGAUGGCCCUGACACACAGGACGACGUCUCCCCCGCCAAGGGGAGCGAGAACGAUGAUGCUUAUUACAAGAGCAUGCCCAACCUAGGAGACGGACUACAACCUCAGGUGUAUUACCAUAUCAGCAGUGGUAAUAGUAAUGGGUAUAUCAUCCCCAUUAACGAUGAAAGCUGCGUCUCAGAAGGAGAGGUCAAAGAAGGACAAAUGCAGUUGGUCACGAGUCUUUGAGUACCGACAGAUGAGUGAAUCUCCAUCAAUGACCUCGCAUCGGACAUCCGCUCUGGCCCACCAGUCCUGGAAGGCACGACGUGUAUAUAGAGCGAGACUUCCCAUUUCUUUCAGUUGACCCCAUCUCCCAUGCCGACCAUAGAUGUUUUGUGAUUCGUUUCCCUUCUUCUUCCAAGACCAUCUGACCGCGUGUUUGAACAUAGCGAGGACACUACAGAGAGACACACUAGCGUAUCCAUGGCUGCCGGCCUUCGCGUAGAAUGUAUGGAAGCGUCAGUGGUGACGCCAAGUCUCGUAUUAAAUACGAGUCGAGCUCUGGGACCAGGGUCCGUUCGAGGGUACGACAUCCCUAUUCCUGUGAACGUUAUGCGAUCAGGAACGCCGGAUUCGGAAGGCUGGCGCCAGAGUCCUGUCGCGGUGAAGAAUGAUGACCACUAGCAAUCGAGCCACAAGCCUUAUAUUUUCUCAAUGUUGUCAAAAGUAACGGCUGAUGGAAAAAAUAUAUUUUGUUGUAUCGCUAGUGUACAAUCGAAAUUUGUGACAACCGUAAAUGUAAUUUUCAUUGAAAUUUUAAAAUUUGAAGAAACUAUUGUGUAAAGGUUGCACAUAUGUUAUAGAAUGUGUUUUAUUCUUCUUACAAUUCAGUAACUGUAGUACGUUUGACGAAAUAUAUAUUAAAGAUGCCGCAGAGAGGUACAGGCCAUUUAUUACCCAUCUCCCCGCUUGUGAAACAGUGUUUUGCGCUCACAUAAAUUAUGAAUUUUGUCCAGAAAAGAAACAAAAACAAAAAAAAAGAAAAAUAUUUGUAUUUCACAUUGCCAAAAAAUGUACAUACUGUAUGAUGGUUUAAUGGAAAGGAAGCAGCUCUUUUCAUCUGACAGACCAUGCCUUCCACACUUGGAUAAUUAUGUAAUUUAUUUUACCACAAGUACUUGAUAGAAGAAAUGUAAACCAAGGCACUUAAUGCCAGUUACUGACAUCCGUUUGAUUUUUAUCCAGCUGCAUGGGUUCGGCAAUUAUUUAUAGACUUUGAAGGUUGAGAAAGGAGGCGGGGCUUAUUUCAGCACUGUACGUUUACUUUAUUCUUUUGUAUAAUUAAAGAGCCCAUUACUAGAAAAUGAUGUAAAUUCAACAUUGUUUAAUAUUAAAUAAAUGUGAGGUUCUUUUUUUCA